AUGAAAAUGAAUCUGAAAAGGCUCGUAGUUACCUUCUUCUCAUGCAUCACCUUUCUGCUGAAAUUCACUAUAGCCGCCGCUGAACCACCAGAGGGCUUUCCAGAGCCCUUAAAUCCAACAAACUUCAAAGAAGAGCUAUCUAAGGGGCUGCAUAUUAUUGACUUCUAUAGUCCAUACUGUCCGCACUGCAAACAUUUAGCACCUGUUUGGAUGGAAACAUGGGAGGAGUUUAAAGAGGAGAGCAAAACACUGAACAUAACAUUUUCACAGGUUAACUGCAUCGAGAGCGCCGAUUUGUGUGGAGAUGAAAAUAUUGAAUACUUCCCUGAAAUUAGACUUUAUAACCCCUCAGGAUACAUCAAAUCGUUCACUGAAACACCGAGGACCAAAGAAUCAUUAAUUGCAUUUGCACGCAGGGAGUCUAUGGACCCAAAUAACCUCGAUACUGAUCUGGAUUCUGCUAAAAGUGAGAGCCAGUAUCUCGAAGGCUUUGAUUUUCUCGAGCUGAUCGCUGGUAAGGCGACUAGGCCACAUUUGGUUUCCUUCUGGCCAACAAAAGAUAUGAAAAAUAGCGAUGAUUCACUAGAAUUCAAAAACUGUGACAAAUGCCAUGAAUUCCAAAGGACUUGGAAGAUCAUUUCAAGACAGUUAGCCGUGGAUGAUAUCAACACGGGCCACGUUAAUUGCGAAUCUAAUCCAACAAUCUGUGAAGAACUGGGCUUUGGCGACUUGGUGAAAAUAACCAACCACAGAGCCGAUAGAGAACCCAAGGUAGCAUUAGUCCUACCCAAUAAAACCUCAAAUAAUUUGUUCGACUAUCCCAAUGGCUACUCAGCGAAGUCAGAUGGCUAUGUAGAUUUUGCCAGGAGGACUUUUACAAACAGUAAAUUUCCCAAUAUAACAGAAGGGGAGCUCGAAAAAAAAGCAAACAGAGACAUUGAUUUUCUGCAAGAAAGGGGACGAGUAACUAAUAAUGAUAUCCAUUUAGUUUUUUCAUAUGACCCCGAAACUGUUGUUAUUGAAGAUUUUGACAUUUUGGAGUAUUUAAUCGAGCCUUUGUCAAAAAUUCCAAACAUAUAUUUGCACCAAAUUGACAAGAAUCUAAUAAAUUUGUCACGUAAUCUUUUUGGAAGAAUGUAUGAAAAGAUCAACUACGACGCCAGCCAAACUCAAAAGGUUUUUAACAAAGAAUACUUUACUAUGAAUACGGUUACGCAACUCCCAACUUUUUUCAUGUUUAAAGAUGGUGAUCCCAUAUCCUAUGUUUUCCCCGGAUACUCCACAACAGAAAUGAGAAAUAUUGAUGCCAUUAUGGAUUGGGUAAAAAAGUAUUCUAAUCCCUUAGUUACCGAAGUUGACUCUUCUAAUUUGAAAAAAUUAAUUUCCUUCCAAACCAAGAGCUACAGUGAUUUAGCAAUUCAGUUAAUAAGUAGCACUGACCACAAACAUAUCAAAGGAAGCAACAAGCUUAUUAAAAACUUGCUCCUCGCAAGUUGGGAGUAUGAACAUAUUCGGAUGGAAAAUAACUUCGAAGAAAUUAAUGAGAGAAGGGCAAGGAAAGCAGACGGGAUCAAGAAAAUAAAGGAAAAAAAGGCUCCGGCUAACAAAAUUGUUGAUAAAAUGCGUGAAGAGAUUCCCCAUAUGGAUCAAAAAAAAUUGUUAUUAGGAUAUUUAGAUAUUUCAAAGGAGAAGAAUUUUUUUAGAAAAUAUGGUAUUACUGGAGAAUAUAAAAUUGGUGAUGUGAUUAUCAUUGAUAAAUCAAAUAAUUACUACUACAAUAAAGAUAAUUUUGGCAACUCCUUGACUUCUAACAACCCUCAAUUGCUGAGAGAAGCAUUCGUGUCCUUAAAUAUUCCAUCAAAAGCUCUAUACAGCUCUAAGUUGAAGGGGAGAUUGAUAAAUUCUCCAUUCCAUAAUGUCCUCAGUUUCCUAGACAUAAUCCACGGGAACGGCAUGCCCGGUUACUUAAUUGUUAUUGUUUUGUUUAUCGCAAUACUCAAAGGUCCAUCUAUUUACAGAAGAUACAAAGUAAGGAAACACUAUAGGGCGAAAAGGAACGCUGUCGGUAUCCUAGGAAAUAUGGAGAAAAAAAAAAAUCAAGAUUAA